AUGAAGAUCCUGGGACUCGAUAUCUGUGCAGAUACACGAGUUGGAGAUGCCACGAGACCUGGAAUAUCUGGUGGCCAAAAGAGGAGGUUGACAACAGGGGAACUUGUUGUGGGUCCAGCUACAACUCUGUUCAUGGAUGAAAUAUCGAAUGGUUUGGACAGCUCAACUACGUUUCAGAUAGUGGCAUGCCUCCAACAUUUGGCGCAUAUAGCUGAUGCCACCAUACUGGUUUCACUGCUUCAGCCUGCACCAGAAACGUUUGAGCUUUUUGACGAUGUGAUUCUUAUGGGGGAAGGAAAGAUAGUUUACCAUGCUCCACGAGCUGAUAUCUGCAGAUUCUUCGAAGAUUGUGGAUUUAAGUGUCCAGAGAGGAAAGGCGUUGCUGACUUCCUCCAAGAGGUUAUGUCUAGAAAAGAUCAAGAGCAAUAUUGGUGCCACAGAGGCAAGCCCUACAGUUACAUCUCUGUUGAUUCAUUCAUUGAGAAGUUUAAAGAAUCAAAUCUUGGGGUGCUGGCAAAGGAAGAACUCUCAAAGCCGUUUGAUAAAUCUCAGACUCGCAAGGAUGGUUUAUGUUAUAGAAAAUACUCACUGGGUAAAUGGGAGAUGCUUAAAGCUUGCUCGAGGAGAGAAUAUCUUCUGAUGAAACGGAAUUCUUUCAUAUACUUUUUCAAAUCUGGACUGUUAGUUUUCAAUGCGAUAGUCACAAUGACUCUUUUUCUACAAGCUGGAGCUACGACGGAUGCUCUUCAUGGGAAUUAUCUUAUGGGUUCUCUGUUCACUGCUCUCUUUAGACUUCUUGCUGAUGGGCUUCCAGAGCUCACCCCGAAGCCGGAAGCGUCCAUGCCUGCUUGGCUGGAAUGGGGAUUCUGGCUUUCUCCAUUGUCAUAUGCUGAGAUUGGUCUAACUGCAAACGAAUUUUUCGCUCCACGGUGGAGAAAGAUCCGCAAAGAUCUCGUGCUAUUGUCUCUCAUGAGAAAAACUCUCAGCGCUCAGAAGAAGAUUUUAAACCCUGCCCUGAAAAUACGUCCCGAGCUAAAACAGGGAAAGAAACGGCAGCUUCUCUCUGAUAUCACAGGCGCAUUCAAGCCCGGAGUUCUCACAUCUCUGAUGGGUGUUAGUGGAGCUGGGAAAACGACUCUUCUAGAUGUUCUUUCUGGAAGGAAAACCCGCGGUACCAUCAAAGGAGAGAUCCGAGUAGGGGGUUAUCCUAAGGAACUCGUCAAUGAAGUUCUUCAGACAGUUGAGCUUGAGGGCAUUAAAGAUUCCAUGGUGGGACUUCCUGGAAUCAGUGGUUUAUCCACAGAACAACGCAAACGGCUGACUAUAGCUGUGGAGCUUGUUGCUAACCCUUCCAUCAUAUUUAUGGAUGAGCCUACCACAGGGCUAGACGCAAGAGCCGCCGCCAUUGUUAUGAGAGCUGUGAAAAAUGUUGCUGAAACUGGGAGAACGGUUGUUUGCACGAUCCACCAGCCGAGCAUAGAUAUCUUUGAGACAUUUGAUGAGCUGAUUCUGAUGAAAAACGGGGGACAGCUUGUCUACUAUGGUCCUCUUGGAAAACAUUCUAGUAAAGUUAUCGAAUACUUUGAGAGCAUUCCUGGAGUUCCAAAGAUCCAAAAGAAUUAUAAUCCAGCCACCUGGAUAGGAAAAACUUGGAAUGGACUUUGCACAGGCAUACAAGGAUUCAACGCUGUACAAGGAGAGCAUACUGGUGGUCGAGCAACUGAGUUCUGCAUCUCCUGGAUCAGAAGCUUUGAGCUUUCCUUCGCGUUUUUCACAAACAGGUUGUGGGCAACUAAAGGCUUGCUUUUGGAAACAACAUUGCUCGUAUUGGAGAAACCCUUCACACAAUCUCACUCGCAUAGUCUUCGUAUCGCUCAACUCUACGUUAUGUGGCCUUCUCUUCUGGCAAAAAGCUAA